CUGACUGAGUACAUGCAGGUAAUCCAGAACAAUAAGCUAAAGUGGAUCCCUGGGAUUUGCAGGUGUUAGAAACCAGAACAGUCAACAAAUAUAUGAAAUCUCUAAAUACUUGACAAUCCCCAUAAAACGUUUUUAAAAGAGCCAUAUAAGUGCAUCUUAAAUAAAUGGUUAUCACAAUUUUGUUGUGAUUGGUUCAUCAGAAGAAACACGUCAGUGAUAUAGAUCAGAAGAUUUGCGUCAGUUUCAUUAUUUCUUAGUUCCUCUUCGGUUCAGCAGCCUCAGUGAGUCAGAGUACGACCUUACCAGCAAGACUCAGCAUGGAGCCGUUCAACUCCACCGUGGUCACCUACAACUUGUCUUCUUCAGGACUUCUGCAACAUCCCUCCUGGCUGUCCAAAGGUGUUGUCCCUGUGGUGGUGGUGUCCUUCUGCUGCAUUGUGGGAGUUUCUGGAAACAUCGCCGUGAUUCUUCUCAAGCCUAACUGGCACCAUCUUUCCAGUCUGAGCCAGAGUCUAAUGCUGAAUCUGGUCAUUUCUGACCUGCUGUGCCUGCUGACCCUUCUGCCAUGGAUUUACCCGCUGCUGUAUGGCUGGAGCUUUGGCCUGGUGGCCUGUAAGAUCCUAACCUACCUUGUGUACUGCAGCAUUUAUGGCAGCAAACUCACUGUGAUUGUGUUAAGCAUCCAGCGCUACCUUACAGUGGUGCAUCAGAGAAGAUUUUCACAGGUGAAGAAGACAGCAAUGCUGGCUCUACUCUGGAUGGCUGCCGUCAUCCUGUCCGUCCCUGCUCUGGUGGUUCGACAGCUGUCAACAAAUCAGCAGUGGAUAGUUUGUCAAUCUCAGUAUUCUUCAAUGACUCAGGGUGUGGUUGUACUGUUGGCCGAGACUUUGUUUGAUUUCUGUUCCUUUGCUCUCGUAGUUUUUUCAUACGUUCGACUUCACAGGACGGUGAACCAGGCAGCCUUUUUCAACAAUCCACAGACGACUCGGCUGAUUACAAGUAUCAUUGUAAGCUAUUUUGUCCUCUGGACUCCAUAUCAUAUCAUAAAUGUCCUGGGUGUGGCUGGUAUGUGUUUGAAGAAUGAAAGACUUUUGAAGUUUUGCAAGGACACGUGGUAUGUUGUUAAGGCACUUAGUUUUGUAAACAGCUGCCUGAAUCCUCUUCUGUAUGCCUUCACAUCUAACAAAAUGUGUGUAGUUUGCCAAAAAAGGGAAGAGGUGCAAAGUCAGAGCCUCCAAACCAACCAUUCACCAGACAUAGGUAGAGUUUUAAAACAUUAAGACAUUUAGAAACAUCGUCAUCAUGUACCAUCAUCAGGUAUUGCUGCAAAGUCAAAAAAAACAUUGUAAGUGAUUUUCUAUUGUCUCUACUUGCUCCAUCAAGAGGAGUGAAAACCUCAAGACGAUAAAUUGAUGCAAUGAACUGAACAUGAUGGUAAUAUCUGAUAUCUAGGAUCAACUGGGAUGUAUAAAUGACUGAACCCAAUUGACUUUAUUUGUAAGCAAAAACAGAAUCUGGUUUACAGAUGAAGACAUACUGUACUUUUCUGUAGCUCCAAAUGGUAUAUAAACUAAUCUAACAAUCUAAUCAUUUGUUUUUGUGUAGAAUACUGAGGUGUUUCCAAAAAGUUUAGCUCUUGCAUUGUGUGUUUUUUUUUAAAUAAGCUAUUUUCUGUGUAGGCUUUUGUACUAAGGAGAUUAAAUAUGCAAUCAAUAUAUCUUGUGAAAAUGCUGUCAUAUUCUAUUAAAAAGAAUAUAGGUUCCAAUGUGGCUGCUUCUUGAGAUCAAAAGUACUUUUUCAAAACAUAGCAACUUUGAAGCAGAAUAUUAAACAUAC